AUGUCCAACCCUCGAUCAGGCCGUCUGCAAUCGGUAUCUUCAUUUGCUGAUUGUUUCGUUGGCCUUUCCGCCAGCUUCUUGGGAGAGGUAGCCGAGACUACCGCCCGGCUCUCUAGUCCACUGAAGAAUUCUGCUCGUCUAACAGUCGUCCAUCCGCCUGAGGCCCCUCAUCCAUUACCGAGCGUCAGUGAGCUCGGUGGUCUUCCAACUCAAGAGCAUUCUCUCCCACCAUUAAAACCACAUUCAGAUCACCCGGAGCCGCUGCCGAAACCGGUCCAUCUUCCAGAGACGCAUCCGCCGGACGAGUCCUUGCCGAAUGAUGCCUGGCAAUUACAAACGGAAUAUUAUAAGCUCGGCCCGCACCUCGAGCGUUUGACAGAUCGACUCCGCGUAGUUAAAUAUAUGUCCGAGCCAGCACAAUCAAAACCUGCCGUGAUUGUUGAAUUCUUCCAACGAUAUGGAUCCUUGACUCGUCCAGAAGAACGACUCUCGCUUGUUCAAGGGGCGAUUCAAGACCUGCUAAAAUACCGUCAGAUAACGUAUGAGCUUGGACAACAUUGGCUGAAGGCUUUUGAGGCGAUUUGUCAGACCCAAAAAGACUUUGAAAGCGAGUUGAGAAUGAACACUUUGGUCAGCUUCGGCUAUCGUAACUUCAUGACAAAGCUUUCCACACCUACGAUCGCCCCAAACCCAGAUCACGUAAAACUUGAGAGAUUGGCUUCAAACCUCGAAGCAGAUCGAGACCAACAUUACCAACAUAAAAUAUGGGCAGCGGAUCAUACUGGUCAAGGCCGUCAGAAGACCUUGGAGCGAAAAAAUGCGAUUAAAAAAGUAGAUUGGAGCCAAGAGACGCUGUUUCCAUACAUAGGUUUAGGGAAUUCGGGCGAAGUAAAGUCGUUCAAACGGAUGAUUCAAGAGAGUCCGGUCGUCAAGGCUUACUUUGAAAAGGCUCGCAGGAGGCCUACAUGGUCGAUCUUGCUGGGAAGGUACUUCAAGCGAUAUGAAAAGAGACUUAUCGCCAAUAAUGAGGUGAAAUUUAUCGCAAGAUUAGGACGGACAGCGAACAAAGCCAACGGCGAAACAGACGCCCAAACCAAAACGGCCUCCAUCAUCUUACUUUGGCAACUCAAGAGCAGAGGAGGAAUUGGAGUUCAUGGGCUUUUCGACGAUUUUAGGUUCACCAGUAAGGCUCAAGAACUUGCUACCAUCCAGCUCAACUCUUUACUUGAGCAGAAAACAGUAGGCUCCUUGUGGAAUAAUGAUUUGGUGCUUCUGCAAACCCUCCAAACUCGUCAAAGGUUUUCAAAAUUGAACAAAGCUGAACUUUACUCAUUCGACUUCUCUCCCAAGCCACUACUACCUCCACAUCUUCUUCCAAAAUGA